AUGUGCUGUUCAGAGAUACUCAACCCUCCUCUCCGCCCCUGUCCCUACAGACGAGCUGCGGAGACGGCCCGGGGAGACACGGGGGGCACCUCUUGCUCAGGGCACCCCUUCUCUUCACCCGCUGCAGGCUCCUGUGCACCUGCCUCAGCCCAUCCGGGGCCGGGCGGGCACCUCCAGCUGCCCCCAGGCCCUCGAGCCGAGGAUGGGGAGCGGGGCAGCCGGCCCUUCACGAGGAACCCCCCGCCAUGGCCGCGCGGCGGGGCGCGGCGGGUGAUGACCCAUCUUGGGCAGCCCCGCGAUGGCGGCCGGGCUGAGCCCGCGGCCCCGGAGGGCGCUGCUGGGGUCGGGGGGCACCCGCGGGGCGUUUGCGCCUCGUACGGGGCAGCUGGGGUCCUGAGGCUCCUCCAACCUCCCCGCCCGCCCCAGCGCCUCUCCUGUCCCGGCUUCACCCGCCUGCCCCAGGCCCUUCCCGGGGCGGCGGGGCUUGCCUGGGCUGUGCCCUGCGGCGGCCCCGCGGUGACAGAGAGGCCAGAGCCGGCCAGGGAGCUGCACUGGGCCUUGGCGCGUGUUGGAGCACCGGCCGGCCGUGCCCGGAGCCGGACUUCGCCGGGGCCCGGGCUGCGCCCUGCCCCUGGUCCGCCCCCGCCGGUGUUCCAAGGAGACCUGGGCCGCCGUCUGCGCCGCGGAGCCGCCGCACAGCCAGGGCCGGCGGGAGGCUGGCUGAGCCCGGGUGAGUGCGCUCCCGGGAGCGGGGCUCCCGCCGCCGGGCAGGGCGAGGGAGCGGGAGCGGAGCGGGCUAACCCCGGCUCUGCUCCCCCAGGCCAGUUCUGCAGCCCGCAGCUCGGUGCCCAGGACGCGGCGUGGCAGGGAGACCAGCUCUCCUCCCAGCUCUACAGAAACAAGCAGCUUCAAGAUACUUUGCUUCAGAAGGAAGAGGAACUUGCUAGGUUACAUGAAGAAAAUAAUAACCUGCGACAGUACCUGAAUUCUGCCCUGAUUAAGUGUUUAGAAGAAAAAGCCAAGAAACUGCUAUCCUGCCAUGGACAGAAAACCUGUGCUAUUCUCAAAAGUGCCAAGAGGAGAUUAAAAGAGGACCAUUGCUUUGUUCCUCAAGAAACUCCUCAUGCUUCCAAAGCUAGAAGGAACCUCUUGGAUGAAUUCACUGCCUGUGAAGAGCAGGCCAGCCCUACCGUGGACAACUGGGUCUUGCAGACCUUAGGAUUAAAAGAUGUCAACACCAUUGAUGAAGCUUCAGCUAACUACAGUGCCCUGUCCUCAGACCUUGGAAAAGACACGUACUGCCUGAGCCCUGGUGAGGCAAUAGGCUAUGAGCACAGUGAAGGAGCAGCAGCAGCGUUUAGCUGCAGCCACGUGCCUCCAGCUGACAGCAGUGCCCAUCCAUGCAGUGAGGACUCUCCCUUCCUUCCUCAGUUUCCUUCAGCACCAUGCAUCUCCUCAGCAGUACCUAGUGUUUCCUCCCUCCCAGCAUAUGGGUUGCCUUAUUUGCCUGGUGAUUUGUCACCCAACAAGACUGAAGUGGCCUUCACAACUUCUCUAAGUCCCCACCGCAAUGUGAGAACACACACCUUCCACCAAGGACAAGCCUUUGUGCGCAGGGAUGACGACGGAGGAUGGAGAUUCACCUGGGUGCCCAAGCAGGCUGAAUAAUGCACCUGGAUCAAGGGUCAGCCAUAGGGGGGGUAGGAGACACAUUUCACCUUGUGCAUGAGACAGGUUCAGGUCUAAAAAAUGAACCCUUCUGGGCUUUGUUAAAUGCUACUCUGUCACUUACCCGCUCCUUAUUCCCUCCCAGAUUUUCACAGGUGUGACUCCAGAUUGCACUUGGACAAUUAUCUGCCCCAGGCCAGAUGUACAAAUUGGAUUCCCUUGUCUUGUGUCUGUGUUGAGAUACCUGCUUUUACUUGCUUCCUGGUUUUUCUAUCAUCAACUAUUCCUUGUUACUGGUAGUUUCCAGGCUGGAGUGCUUUCAGCUUUGAUGAUCACUCUCGCAUGCACCAACCUGGAAAGAAUUUUGGGUUACAGUUGGAAAAUAGCACCUCUCUCAUAGAUAACCAUGGAUAACAAAGGAGGCAUAGGUUGGAGACUGGGGAUCAGCAGUUUCUAAGUGAUUUGUGUCUGUCUUGACUGCACAGAUUGCCUUGGAUUUAAGUACCCAUGGUUGCCUUAUGUGCUACACAAGGCUGACCUAUCUGCAGAUCCAUGGUGCUGUCACAUUCUUUGAUGAUGCCUCAAAAUAAACAGGGUUUGCUUCUGUUACCUGGAGGCUACUUAAUUACAAGUGAUUCAGCGAGUUCAGGGGAUCUUUCUAAGGUGUGAUUAAGAGACUAAUAUGUUUACUAAUAUGUUUUAAAGGUAUUUUGUUGGUUAGAUAAAGGGAGUUUACCUUUAGGGAGGCAGUAUCAGUGGUUGGAGUGAGUCUUUGGGAACCACAGCCUUCUUACCUUUCCAUGUCUCUGCCAGGGAGUGGUGGGCUCAAGGUAAGACCAUCACUACCUUGAGAAUGCUUUAAAACUCUCUGAAGAGAAGGUGCUCUAGCACUGCACAGAACUUGACUUUUAGUAAUGCUACUAAUGAUAUGAAGUCAACAGAUAUGAAGGAAGCUCACCAGUACUGUUUUGUGUUACCUUUGUUUUCUGAUUUACAGUAAUUUGGUGCCUAAGUAUUCAAGAUAGAUUGAUUUGGUUAUUCAUGCUUUCAGAAUGGUGUCAGUGACAUUAAGGACUUAAGUAAAAAAUAACCUUAACUGAGAAUUUCCUUCCAGUGGCUUAUUUUCAUAUAGAAAAAUGGAUAUUCCUUUAUUUUUAUCUCCUAAAUAGCCUGUUGUGCCUUAGAAUAUGUGACAUACUCCAUCAGGAGCAGUGAUGAUUUUCCAAAAGACUUUUAAAUAAACAAACUCCUUAUUUCUGGGUAGUUACUUUAAAGUAACUGUGGCAGAUUUCCAGAAUAGGCAAUUAGAAAACACUGAUUGUAGACAUUAUUGCACUGGGUUAAAAAACAACCAACCAAAAAAUAAAACCAAACCAACCACAAACCCACACAACAACCACCACAAAAGAAAACCACAAAAAAAAACCAACAAAAAAACCUCAAACCCCAAAACAAAAAAUGCACAUGGAAUAAAUACAAAGUCUUUGUUCGGGAAGUUUGUUGUAGUCCAUAAAAUUAUGGCCAGCUGAUGAAGACUAGUCAGAUAAGACCACUGUUUCUGUAGCACUUUUCUGCUUUUCAGUGAAAGCAGAAGAAAAAUCCUGUCCUACAAACAACUCAUUUCUUUCUCAAGACGUUUCAUUUCUAUUAAUCUCCUCUUGCUCCACUAUAUAAGAUAACAUUGAAGAAAAUACUCCUGUCACUGGAGUUUUUAUUGGGGUGUGUGUGGUAGUGUAGAAAAUACAUGACCUUAACAUGAGUGUGUGAUGAGACACCCUGGUAUAUGUGAUGUGGGAGAUGCUGGGAAUAGACAGUGUGGCUAGAGGAUUACACUGAAUUGCAGCUGUAGGUGUCACAUCUUUUAAAACAGCUGUAAAACAUAGGUAGAGAAACAUCUGUCUGUGUUUUCUAACACUGUUGAAUGAUAUUACUUAACACAUUUCAAUGCUAUGGAGACAGCAGUAGUAAUAAGUACAUUUGUCCUGUCAACAAAUAUUGAAUCAUUUUUUUCUCUGAAGAGAGAGAAAACCUUUUCAUUUGUUUGACAUUUCCUUUCCACACUUUUAU